GUUUUGUAAGGGGCUGACUUAUGCAAAAUGAGCUCUUCCACCACACUUGAAACACAUGUUGGUUGGAUGAUGGAAAUCUCUUAGGUUGUGUUUGGUUGCAUCACUGAAUUGGAUAGCAAACAUUCAGUUCAAUCAAGUGCAAAUGGCUGAAUUUUGAUGACGUGGCCUAUUCUUUGUGAGGGAAUUCCUUUAAAGUCCAGCUUGGAAGGCGCAGGGAUGUGGAGUCUGCACGCCGAUUGUUUGAUGAAAUGCCCCAACGAAAUCUGGUUACAUGGAAUUGCAUGAUAUCGGGAUUUCAUUUUCAAACAUGUCAGAAGCUACAAUGAGAAAUGAUGUUGACAGUAAUACGGCAGCAUUGUCUGUUGAACGUUUUCCUCCUAAGAAGCGAAGAUUAACAUCUAGCGUAUGGAAUGAUUUUGAAAAAGUUAAAGGAGAAGGUGGGAAAGAGUUUGCUACAUGUAAACAUUGCAAGAGAAAGUUGGUUGGGGAUAGUAAGAAGGGGACUAGUCAUUUGCAUAAGCAUUUGAAAAAAUGUCUCCUGUACAAUCGAGUGCAUUCAGACAGAUCGCAACUAAUGAUAAAAGCAAGCGAAGCAAAUAAGGAUGGGGCAUCCCCACUAAUGAUAAAAGCAAGUGAAGCAAAUAAGGAUGGCACCUCCCCACUAAUGAUAAAGACAACUGAACUGAGCAAGGAUGGGACAGGCAGUGUACAGAACUUUAAGUUUGAUCAAGAACGUAGUCGAAAUGAUCUUGCCCGUAUGAUCAUUUUACAUGAGUACCCAUUCUCUAUUGUUAACCAUCAUGGGUUCAGGACAUUCCUUAAUAAUCUUCAACCAUCGUUCAAGAUUGUGUCUCGGAAUACCAUAAAGGCCGAUUGUAUGAAAAUUUUUGAUGUAGAGAAACAGAAAAUGUAUGAGGUGUUGGACAAACUUUCAUGCCGUAUAAGCCUCACCAUUGACUUGUGGACUUCAGAUCAAAAUUUGGGAUAUUUGUCUUUGAGUGCACAUUAUAUUGAUGACAAUUGGAAGCUGCAAAGAAGUAUUCUGAAUUUUUGCUUGGUUGAGGAUCUUCAUUCGGGAGAAGCAAUUUCUAAAGUUGUCAUGGAAAAGUUGGACAACUGGAACAUUUAUGGGAAAUUGUCCAGCAUAACAUUGGACAAUUGCUCCACUAAUGAUGUUGUGGUGCGUGAUCUUGUCUCGGAGCUUGUUCCAAAGGGAUUGCUACUCAAGGAUGGUGAGUUGUUUCAUGUGCGUUGCUGCACACAUGUUCUCAACUUAAUUGUCCACGAUGGAUUGGAAGCGAUAUGUGAGGUAACUAAAAAAGUCCGUGAGGUUGUCAAAUUUGUGAAAUCUUCUCAAUUAAGGCAGCAUAUGUUUAAUGGUAUAGCUAGGCAAGUUCGAGCCCCUCAAAAGAAACUAAUUCUUGAUGUUCCAACAAGAUGGAAGUCGACAUAUAUGAUGCUUGAAACUGCCCUGGAGUUCAAGGAUGUGAUCUCUCUUUUAGCAGAGUGUGACAGUAACUUGAAGGCAGCACCAUCCACUGAAGAGUGGGAAAAGGCAAGACUCACUUGUGACUGUUUGAAGUUGUUCUAUGAUGUCUCACGGAUUUUCUCAGGGACUAAAUAUCCAACUGCAAAUCGGUGUUUUGCUGAGAUUUGUGGCAUUCAUUUGCAGCUUAAAGAGUGGUGUGUGUGCGAAAACUACUUCAUCGUAUUGAUGGCUAUGAAAAUGAAGGAGAGAUUCGAUAAGUAUUGGAGCAACAUUAGCUUGAUUUUGGCAAUAGCUGCCAUCUUGGACCCUCGAGUGAAGAUGAAGUCGAUCGAGUAUUACUUCCCAAAGAUUUAUGGCAAUGAGACUGAAUUAAGGACAAAAGGUAUCCGUGAUGGGUUGCAUAAUCUGUAUAAUGAAUAUGCGGUCUGCUUGACCUCAUCUAUUCCUGAUCGUGACUUUAGCUUGAGUGUUGAAAAUAGUCAAAGCAGAGUCAAUGGAGGCAGUGGAUUUAGUGGUGCUCCUUCACAUGGUACAUUUAGUGAUAGGCGAAAAGGUUUCGACAAAUUCCUUCAACAGAGUUCAUCCAGCCAACAAGUAAAGUCUGAUCUGGAAAUGUAUUUAGAUGAUGCUGCCCACCCCCUAAAAAAUGAUUUAGAUCGCGACUCACUUGAUGUCUUGGGUUGGUGGAAGUUUAAUGCACCGAAGUACCCUAUCGUAGCUCAAAUGGCUCGUGAUAUUUUAGGGAUUCCUGUGUCAACCAUCUCAUCCGAGGAAACAGUUAAUUUAGGUGGCAGAUUACUCAAUCAAUAUCGGAGUUCCAUGCAGCCAGAGAUUGUACAAGGGUUGAUAUGUGCACAGGAUUGGUUGCGGAAGGAAUUAGAAGCCUCGGGGUUAUCAUUGGGCGAAUCUGCCCUUUCUACACUGUCCUCUGUCACGGAUGAUGAUGACAGUGAUGAUAUUGAGAUGGCUUCUCUCAUGGUAAUAGAGGAGGACAACAAAACAUGAUGAUGAUUUUCAGGUUGCAUUUCUUUUGGCAAAACAGGAAUUGAUGACCCAUGGAUGGCUUUCAGAUUUCAGGGGAUGGCAGCAUAGGGUCAUUUUCUAUUUUUGAAUUGAUGUUCUACUUUGUACUAGGCAUCAAGGAUGGUUUUGGAUGAACUCGAUGUCAUUGAUGAUUAAUUGAUCAUGGUGGUGGGUAGUAUUUUUUUUUUUCCUUUUCCUUUUCUUUUCCUCUUUUCCCCCAUUUGCUUUCCUUAAAUGAAAUCUUUCAUGAUGGUUGUGGAUGGAGAAAUGAUCGUGGAUAGAGCCUUUAUUGAGGGGGGCACUCCUGUAGUUUGUAGACAAUAGAUAUAUCUUUAGUUUAUGGAUGUAGCUCUUGUUGAUAU